AUGUUAUUCAACUUACCUCUUAAAUAGACAAGACAUGUAGAUAUUAUCAAGCCUGUAGAGUAAGCAAUCAUGAAUUGCUAUGGAGAAGUUACACUAUUUACUGAAGUAAUCUAAAUAACCAUUAAUUACAGAUUAGGGAUGUAGUAGAGAAAACAUAAAAAUUGAGAUAAAACUUAGAUUACGAGAAAAUCAACUUAAGUAUUGCCACAGAUCCUUAAACAUCAGAAAACCUAGAGAACAACCUUUUAGAAUAUCUUAAGAACUUUUCUUUGCUCUUCAAACAUUUAAGAUUUGAACAAGGAGAUUAAAGAUCUCCAUAAGUUAUGUUCUAUUGGAGUGACAGCUAUGAUCAUGUAUUUAUUUAUUGUACUAUAAUUUCUAGAAAAGAAGUUGCCAAUUAAAUUCUGGCAGAUUAGAAUUGCUAUCCUAAUAUUAUAAUUUGGCAAUAUCUUACUAUUAUCAAGCAAAUAGCAAGAUUAUUAAAGAUACAGAUCCUGAUCGUAAAGCUGCAUAUACUAAAUUGAGAAAUGGUUUAUGGGCAUUAGAUUAAUUAAAAUAACAUAUUCAUGGAUUAUCUAAAGAUUAAAUUUCCUAAUUAUAUGAUAUUUCAACUUUAAAUCUAGAAUUCUUAGAACAUGCUGUAUUGAUCAAUUUUUAAAUUAGUUCUGUGGACUUGCAUACAAAGCUCUAUAUUAAAAUAUGAUGUCACAAGUAAAGACUUUUGGAUUGAACAAUGUUUGUGGAACAAUUUUUGAGGCAGCCAAAGAAUUUACAAUAGCUCUUAAAGCUAUUGAAGGAAUGAAUUCUUAAUACUAAAAAUAAAUUGGAAAAGUACUUUAAAUUUUAAUUAAUCUUAGAAUUUUCUUGCUUAAAUCUUACCUAUGAUUUAAUUUAACUAAAUAUGGGCAACUGUCACUGGAUGUUUAUAAAUGGGUAACUUUCAUUAUGGAAGAAUAUCAGAUGAUUCUAGAGGUUAGAAUAUGGGCAAAGCUUUGGGUUUUCUUAUUAGAGCAUAAUAAUUGAUAUAACCAAUUGUUAAUGAUAAGAAUGCACAUAAAACAUACUCACCAGAUUAACUUGAUUAAUUAAAAUAAUUGAAUCAGCAAUUAACUUAAUUAACUACAGAAUAUAAUUAUAAGAAUUAACAAAUUUACAAAGAAUAAAUAGUUGCUUAAGAUUUAUUACCUUAUCCUCCUCUAAUGGAAUAAAUUAGACUUAAACCAAUAGAACCUGUAAGUUUUAAGGAACCUGCUUAAGGAGCAAACAAAUUUUCAGGUUUUGUAUCAGAAGAGGCAUUAUAAUUAUCUAGAGAGAUUAAAAUUUUUGUAGAAUAAACAAAAUACUCUCUUGAAGAAUCAGUAAGAUAAUUAUUUGAUUAAAAAAAUCAAGCUUAUGCAGAGACAUAUGUAACUUAUUUUAUUGAUAUGGCAUAAUAAAAAUAACUUAUUUAAGGAGGUAUUCCUUAAAGCAUUUAAGACAAAAUAAGUUAUAUAAGAAGUAGAGGAUGUUUGAGUGGAAUUGAAAAAAUAGUUGAAUAAGCAAAAUAAAAAUCUGUCACUUGUAAUUAAUUGUUAGGAUAAAUUGAAUAGGCAUUACUUAAUGAAUAACAAUAAGAUUAAGAUAAUAGAAAUAAAUAUGGUGCUUAAUGGAAAAGAAUACCUUCAAAUUAAUUAAAUUAAUAAUAUUUCAAUUCUUUGAAAGAUCUUAAGGCUAAAUACUUAUAAGCAUAAAAAAUUGAUUUUGAUGUGAUGAGUGGUUUUGAGAAUUCAAAAGAAGCUCUUAUACUUGCUACAUAAAAUGAUAAUAUUAUUAUUUAAAAACUACCAAAAGAUAAUAAUAAUUCAGAUUUUGUAAAUUAAAAUGCUUAAACAUUUGGUUAAUUGACAUCUACAGAUCAAUAAGUCAACUCUAUGGUCGAUUAAUUAAAGGCUAUUAUUUAAGAGUAUAAUUAAAUCAUGCAAGAAACAAAUUUCACUAAAAUUGCUGUUAAUGGAAUAAAUGAGGGAAUACCAAAAGAAUAAGUUUUCAGUAUGGCCAUUUAAAAUGUAUAAACUCUUAUUGAGAACUUUAACAAUAAUGUAAAAUAUUUAAUAAUAAAUCUUAAAGAUGAAUAAAGUCUCAGAAGUUAUCUCCCAAGUUUGUGGAUUAGCCAGAGAACUCUCAAAUCUUAAAAAACAAUCAGCUGAAUAAGUCCAAUAAUCUGGAUAAACUAAUAUAUUUGCUGGUGCUUAAAAUGUUAUUGAUAAUAUUGACCAUUCAGUAAUCUUCUAUGAGUAUAAUUAUUUUUUUAUCUAGGCAAUUGAAAAUGCAUUUAGAAGAACAAGAUAGAAAAGUCAAAGAUUUUUUAAUGGCCAGAAGUAUUGAAUCAUAAUAAUUAAUUUCAUAAUUGAAUUAAUAAUAAACAUACCAAUAAUCCUAACAAAAUCAAGUAUAAAAUCCUCCUCAACAACCUUAAUAACCAUAAUAAUAAUCAGGAUAUUAAUAUCCAGUUUAUCCAUAAUAUCCUUAAUAUCCAUAAUAGCCACCUAAUCCUUAAUAUCCAUAAUAGCCACCAAAUCCUUAAUAUCCAUAAUAAAUACCAAAUCCUAAUUAUCCAUAAUAACCUAAUCCUUAAGGUUAUCCAUAAUAAAUGCCCUAUCCACCUUAAUACUAUCCAUAAUAAUAGUAAUAACCAUAUGUCUAAUACCCAUAAUAAUAAUAGAAUUAUGGACAAUGGGGUUAAUAAUAGAAAAAAUGA